UGAACUAUACGACGUCAUUGUCGCGAGCGGGACUGGACAGCUCUUUGGGAAGUGGUGGUGGCUGUGGAGACGACUCUCGUCAGACCUCUGCUCCUUUGUACCGUAGUCUUAAGGAGCAGAUUUAUUGCAGGUCAUGGCUACAGAUGAUGUGGCGCAGUUGGCCGACUCCUUGGCCAAGACGCAGGUGGUAGAAGGAGGAGGAGAACUCAGCUAUAAGGGGAAAGGGCUGAAACUGGACAAUGCAGAAUCUGUUGAGGAUAUUGUCAAAGAAAUAAAGGAGUUCCAGGGGCUCCAGGCUCUUCGGCUGGAGGGAAACACGAUUGGGGUGGAGGCUGCACAGGCCAUUGCCAAAGCCUUGGAGGACAAGAGUGACUUGCAGUACUGUUACUGGAGUGACAUGUUCACGGGCCGCCUGCGUCCAGAGAUCCCUCCUGCCCUGAAUUCCCUGGGAGCAGCCAUCAUGACCUCUGGCGCCCAUCUCCGAGUCCUGGACCUGAGUGAUAAUGCCUUUGGGCCAGAUGGGGUCAAGGGUAUUGAAAAGUUGCUCAAGAGCUCUGCUUGCCACACACUUCAGGAGCUACGCCUGAACAACUGUGGCAUGGGAAUCGGUGGUGGAAAGAUCCUGGCAGCCGCCUUGACAGAGUGCCACAAGCAGUCUAGUGCACAGGGCGCCCCCCUCAGGCUAAAGGUGUUCAUUGCAGGCAGAAACCGCCUUGAGAAUGAUGGAGCUACAGCACUUGCCCAGGCCUUCCAGCUGAUGGGGAGUCUGGAGGAAAUCCAUAUGCCUCAGAAUGGCAUCAACCACCCAGGCAUCACAGCCCUGGCCAACGCCCUGCAGCACAAUCCUCAGCUCCGUGUCGUCAACCUCAAUGACAACACCUUCACCAAAAAAGGAGCUAUCGCUAUGGCACAGGCAUUGAAAAAUCUGCGUAAUGUGCAAGUGAUCAACUUUGGGGACUGCCUAGUGCGCUCUGAAGGAGCUAUGGCCAUUGCUGACAUUCUUGUGGAUGGCCUGCCUAUUCUAAAGGAGCUGAACUUGUCGUUUGGCGAGAUCACUGAGGACGGUGCUCUGAAGGUGGCACAGGCGUUAGAGCACAAGACACAACUGGAGAAACUCGAUCUCAAUGGAAACUGUCUGGGAGAAGAUGGUUGCAGCAGUCUGAAAGAAAUUAUGGAGAACAUGAACAUGGGAGAUCUGUUGGGAUCUCUCAGUGACGAUGAGGGAGAGCCUGAGGACGACGAGGAAGAGGAUGACGAAGACGAGGAGGAUGAGGAUGAAGGAGAGGAAGAUGCUGAAGAGGAGGAGGAGGAGGAGGAAGAAGAGGAAGAGCACAGAGUCAACCAGAUGACCCCUCCACCGUCGGAGCCCCGUCCUCCUGAUGUCUCCUCCUUCCUGAGUUUCCCCUCUCCGGACAAGCUGCUCCGAUUGGGUGCCAAGCGAGCACUGCUUAUCGAGCAGCAGGUGGAUGUGGACGAUGCCUUUAAGACGGCCGAGGCCUUCCUGAAAAUCUCCUCAGUUUACAAAGACCAGGAUGAGGAAGUGAAAACAGCGGUCUUGGACAGUGUUGACGGCAUUCUCAGGAAAGCCUUCUCCAGCCCCUCCUUCAGUACCUUCCACUUCAUCUCAUCAUUACUCAUCAUGCUGGGACUGCUGAAAAGUGAAGAGAAGGUGAAGCCAAUGCGGGUGGUGGCAGGUCAUUUGCAGGCUCUUGAGCAUGCUGUGCAGCAGGACUAUUUCCCCCAGGAACACAUCGGCGUGUUAGAUGCCUUCAUGUCACGACACACACAGGCCUGCGAGUCAUGCGCUGGAGCCCGAGACAGUCUGAAGUCCACCCUGCAGAGGAUCAGGCCAUAGUGCUAGACAUCUUGGUGCUCCAUGUCUCCCACAGACUGACUUACAUGGACCUCAUCCAUAACACUCCCACACACUCCCCCUGCCCUACCACCCUCCCUCUGGUGCCCCAGCCACACCAUGAUGAUGAGCAGGGACAAGCAGGAUGUCCAGAAACCCAUCAUGGCUCCUGUACCAGCAGGUCAUAUCACGGGACAGACAGGACUGAUCAGAGUUCACCUUUCAAUGGACUCAUUUUGUGACUGAAAGCUGAGACAACAAGCAUGCAGUUAUUGGAGGAACUUUUUUUAAAAAGAGGGGGGAAAAAUACAUUGAUGGACAAAAAAAAAACAUUUUUAAAAAUCAAUAGUUAUGAAAAUACAUAUGUAAUAAAGAAUAUUUAAACACUUGAUUAUGGUAAUAAGAAUUAUAAGCAAGAAGGGAAAAGUAGCGUUUCAUUUUGCAGGCAUUACAAUGGCUCACUACAUUUGUCCAAAAAUGAAAAUGCUUGUUUACUGAUGGGUGAACCUAGAAUUAAAAAUAUCCAUUUCAGUUUAGAUAUCUAAAUUCGACUCACUCAACCCUCAUUGUAUCUGCACUAAAGGGUCAGGUGCUUAUUUGGCCUGUAUUAUCACAAGUUAAUUAGUUAUCAUAUCCAUAAGAGUGCUCCUGAAGAUAAGCUUAUCCAUUGAAAACAAUGUCAGCUAUUCAAAUCAGGGUUUUGAAAAAUAAAAUAUACAUUCUAGAAAAGUUACUCCAAGGUCAAUAUCCAUAUGAUAUAUGGUGUAUAAGAAUGUUAUGAAGCUGAAUGGGCCCUCCUGUCUAGAGUGAAUGCAAUAUUGUUCAAGUACAGUACAAUAAAGUUACUCGGUAUCA